AAGAGAAAACGAUCACCCUGCAGAUGUGUUGAGUGAGUGAGUGAGUGAGCUAGCAGCAGUGGUGGCUAAACGUUAUUAAGAAUUAGAGUUUCAGAGCCCGCCACCACUGCUGCUAGCUCACUCACUCACUCACUCAACACAUCUGCAGGGUGAUCGUUUUCUCUUUCAUCGACAAGACAAUUUCUGAAAUCAAACUCCUUGUGGUCGUCUUCAACUUCUCCCCGUAAUCUCCUCAUCGAACAUUGUUUCAACAAUUUAUCACUUCCUUCGACAGAGCGGCAUACCUUGGAUUCUAUUCGUUUUGUGCUUCUUCUUCGUUGUUAGUUGUCCUUUGGAGAUGGAUGAUUAUAUAGAACUUAGCUACAAGGGACAAGCCGGUGGGCUUCGUCGUGCUAUCCUUGGUGAUUCUGGUCGAGGAUCAUUUAGAGGCGGGAACCGUGGCCAAGGCCGUGGGUUUGCCGGUGGUCGAGGUGGCGGAUUCAGGGGAGGACGCGGCGUUUCUGGAGGAGGUCGUUUCCGAGGAGGUCGUGGUUGCGUCACCAAAAAAGAAAAACGGAAAUGCGCACGUUGUAAAGAACGAGGUCAUCAUGCAAAAAUGUGUCCAUAUUCUGAACAAGAAUCCCAGAAGAAAAAUGCUGCUGCUCUACAAAAGCACGCGGAUGAAGCUGUUGCGGUUGCUUCUAAAGCCGCCGCCACAGCUGCAGCCACCACUUCUUCUAGUGCUACUUCUGAUACUACUUUUCCUGCUGUUUUUAAGGCACCAUUUGCAGGAUGGAAGCCAGGCUUCAUUAUGCCUGCCCCACCAACUCAUAAUAAUGAUGUUAACAUGGGUUAAUUUUAUUUUUACGUACCUCUAUUAUAUAUAACCACCUUGUUUUAUUCUAAAAUAAUUUGUCAACAAGAAUUUCCAAUCAUUUCUUUAUAAAUAAAAACAAUUGACAUUAA